AUGGAGUUCCCUAGAUCCUGGCGUGUUACGGUAUCUUCCGGAGGUGCUCCUGUUUUAUUUAAACAGGGACUGACCUUCCCUGCUGUCGUCUCAAAGGACGGCACUCAUACCGUUGUCCUUCUUUCAUACCAAAUAAGAGUCUACUAUAACGCUACAAGGCAAUGCGUCAGGGUGGUGAACUUGGAUAUUCACGACGCCAUUGCAGCUCAUAUGGAUAAUGAUAAUGAUUCGCAGAUCAUUGUUGCUACAUCAAAGCAAAGAAUCCUUUAUGUAAACUGGAAGGAGAAUGUGGCACAUCCCGUGGUUGCCAAGCAGCUUAUUACACCUAGCAUCCCUAAGCUACAUGACGUUUUUAUGAUAGAUGAAGCUAACUACUACGCUGUUGGUCUUGUGGGAGAACAAGCUUUUACAACCGACUACUCAGCGAAAACACUUUGUCUUUAUCAAAUUGACAAAGAGACCGCCAAGUCCACUCCCGUACUUACGGUGCAUGGGGUCUACAGAUACGCAGUCUCAAGAAGCUCUAACUACUUAGCAAUCCUUCAAAAGGGCCAGGUAUCAGUCUAUGAUUUGAAGGUGGGAGUGAGUUUAAUGAAAAGGACUGAAACUGAAAACGGUUCCACAUCUGCAUCCAUUCAGGACGUCUUGGAGCAAGGUAAGCUUACAAUGACGUAUUCCGGCCCUCCAGCACUGAUAAUUGCAAUUAGUGAUCAAGCACUUGUUGCUAUUGCUUCGUCUCAUGGUCCUAUCUAUCUCGUAUACCCACAGGAGCGUGACAGAAAGGAAAGUAAGGACGACUCUAGUAAUCAGAGAGCAUUCAAAUGGCAUUUCGAUGGUGUUAGCGCACUUACAUUUUCUGCUGACCAGCGGUACUUAAUUUCAGGAGGUACUGAGAAGGUUUUGGUGAUCUGGAAUCUUGAACUGGGCAAGACUCAAUUCUUGCCUCGUCUCAGUGGCUCUAUAACAGCUAUCUCGAUUGACCCACACCGUCAAGACCAGUAUAACAUUAUGCUUUCCCCUAUCUCGACCGGCAACGGUGCCGUCAAUGAAGAUCAAAGUGAUAUUCUUGUUGUCUCUGCUGUUGAUCUUGUUUCUCGUCUUGCGGUAGCACCUUGCAGACCACAGAUGGCCCUGUCAACUGCCAACUAUAGGCGGAAAGUUAGACAGUAUUUGAAGAAAAAGAAGGAGGCUCUCGAAGAAGAUGAUAGUGACCUGGAUAGUGGAAAUGAAGACGAGGAACCUGUCAAGCGCUCUAAGGCUAAGGAUCUUGAAGAUUUUAGUCUCAUCAAGCCUGACAUCACUGCUUCUACCCUUGUGCAUCCUCAAACUAAUCAACUUUAUCUCCCCAACGGACUGACAAUUCAAGCAUUUGACUUGGUCCGUGGUGAACAAGCAUUUGUCCAACAUGUCGCUCCUCAGCUUGAUAUUGGUAGAGUUAAGAGCGAGCUUAAGAUUGCUGACCCACAAGUGGAGAAAGUCGUCUUUACUCAUGAUGGUAACUGGAUGUGUACAUUUGAUCUGAUGCCAAAAUAUGACUUGGAUAAUCUUCUUUCUAAGAAUGACACGUCCUUUGCCCUCAAAUUCUGGUCGUGGUCUAAGGAUGAUUCUCGUUGGCACCUUGCUCUGAAAAUCGUUGAUCCUCAUGGACCUGGUCUUGCCGUUGGUGCCCUCGUGGCGCUGCCAGUCAGUGAUUCAGUGGCCACCGUGGACUCCAAUGGCGGAAUUCGUCUCUGGCGUCCUCGUCCUGCUGCAGUUCACACCAAUUCCAGAAAGCAACAAACAGCAGCAACGAAAUCUCAAACGGUUUGGACUCUUCGCCGUGCUAUUUCUGCAUCUGCUCUGGUUUCUGCUCCAGUAGCUGCUGCAUGGGCACCAGACUCGUCUUUGUUGAUAGUCAGUCACAAUACUCAAGUCAAGGCAUACGAUCCACAGCUGCUUGAACCCGUUGAUUUUCCACUUCCUCGCCUUUCAGCUCCAGUGGAGUACUUGGCUAUUAUGAAGACGCAUUUAAUACUUGCACUGGCGACACUGUUGUUGCUGUUUGACCUUGUUGGAGGUUGUGAAUCUUCUUUGGGUGCUAAGCUCCUCGACUACGGUGCCAGAAACUUAAUCGCUACAGACGUUCAGAGAAAUUUGGUUGCAGUCGCAGUGAAUCAAGCCCUGUCAUACGAGGGUCAAGGGUCCAAGUCUAAGAUCUUGGUAUUCCAGCCAGGGACGCUUACUCCAAUUCACGAAGAGACUCACAAACAAUUAAUCGUUUCUCUUUCGACGCUGUCCUCUGGCUUCGUGCUUGUUGACUCUGCUACGCGUGCUAUCACCAUCAGUCCUGUUACUCGUGACUUGGGCGCUUCAGAUGAUCUUGUUGACCAAAUGCAUAACUUGUUGGUUAGCGCUCAGGCCGCUGCCAAUGUAUUACAUUCCCGCUCUGUUGACAAUGCUGCUAACGCUGUUCAUACAGACGAAAUUGACGACUCGAACAAGUGGACUUCUCAUCGUCUAGUUGAUCUCACUACUAUCGAACCUGUCUUUGCAAAUGUGGACGGUAUGGCAUUAGACACCUUGUUCGAACGUGUUGUACGCGCAGUACAGUAA